AUGAUGCGGGCCGAGGACCAGGGGGGUAUGUCUGGAGAUGGCGCGUCUUCGAUUCUCUCUGCGCUGUCACCAAAGAAUUUCAUUGCGAAAGUGACGAACCUGAAUCGGCGAUUGCAGCACUACAUUGACAUUACUGCGCCCUUUACCCUCGAACGAUGGGGUGUCACAGGAGCAUUGCUGUUCCUGUUCAUGUUGCGGGUCAUCCUUAUGCAUGGCUGGUACAUUGUGUGUUAUGCUCUGUUUAUUUAUCUGUUGAAUUUGUUUCUUGCUUUUCUCACGCCCACGUUUGAUCCUGCAUACGAAUCAGACUUGCCCGCGCAGGACGUGGAAGAAGGUGAGCCAGGUCUCCCGACACCCUCGACGGGCAUGGGCUCUGGUCUCAUGAGUGAUGUGUUUCAUCCAUCGCAGGAGAAAGAUCAGGAUGAGUUUCGUCCAUUUAUCCGGCGCCUACCGGAGUUCAAGUUCUGGAUUAGCGCGACGCAAGCGAUUCUAGUCUCGCUCGGCGCAACUAUGUUCCGUAUGUUUGAUAUUCCAGUGUUCUGGCCUAUUUUGGUGCUCUACUUUAUUACGCUCUUUGUGAUAACCAUGCGCCGUCAAAUUGAGUACGUAAACUGGAUACAUCGACUAACAGCUCCAGACACAUGA